AUACAACAAACAGAAUUGCAGUUGUAGAAGAAGAAGAAGAAGAAGAAGUUCUCCCCUCUCUGAGCACUACUACGGAACUUUAAGCAAGAUGGCAUUGAGGGCUGCAUUGAGGAGCAAGUGCAGGGUUUCCAGUCUUCUAUCCCAGCUGUCCUCCUGCAGCAGCCAUGGCGGAGUGCGUGUGUCUCCAGCCUUUGUCACUCAGCGGAGAAACAACUCCACUACACCAAAGGUUAAAGUGGACUUUGACCAAAGCACGGGUGUGGCCGUGGUGCACAUGCAGAGUCCACCCGUCAACAGCCUCAGUUUAGAUUUCCUCACCGAGUUCUGCAUCAGUGUGGAGAAGCUGGAGAUGGAUAAGAGCUGUCGAGGCCUCAUCAUCACCUCGAGUCAGCCCAAGGUGUUCUCAGCUGGACUGGACAUCAUGGAGAUGUACGGGAAGAGUCCAGAGCGCUGCGGAGUGUUCUGGAAAGCAGUUCAGGAAAUGUGGCUGAAACUCUACAGCUCCAACAUGGUGACCAUAGCUGCAAUCAAUGGUUCCAGUCCUGCAGGUGGCUGUCUGAUGUCUCUCACAUGUGACUACAGAAUAAUGGCAGACAACCCUCGUUAUAACAUCGGCCUCAAUGAGACCCAGCUUGGCAUUGUUGCACCUUUCUGGUUCAAGGACACCCUCGCCAACACAGUGGGUCACCGAAACACAGAGUUGGCCCUGGAGCUGGGGCUGCUCUACAACCCCUCAGAGGCCCUGAAGAUUGGAAUGGUGGACCUGCUUGUCCCUGAAGACCAGGUCCUCGCCACAGCUGCGCAGACCAUGAAGAAGUGGUUGGCUAUUCCAGACCACGCAAGACAGAUCACCAAGUCCAUGAUGAGGAAGCAAACCAUUGAAAAGCUAGUGUCCAAAAGGGAGGCAGACAUUCAGAAUUUUGUUGGCUUCAUCACUAAGGACUCCAUUCAGAAGUCGCUCCGCAUGUACAUCGAGAUGCUUAAAAAGAGAAAGGCCUAGAAGAGAGAGGGACCCAUAGAAAAUUAGUAAUACAUACACACAUAUUAGAGGGAUGUUUCGACACAGGUUGCCUUCUGUUUAAUGUUUUCAUUGGUGCUAAGUUCUUUAGAUAAAGCUCAUCUUCAUAACAUUAUUCAACCAAUAAAGAAUCAAUAUGCUGUGUGAUCCUGUGAUUCAGUAAGAUCUGGAGUAGGAUUGUUCAGGAAUACUAAUGAUGGUGAUUUAACAAGUAAAGGUUUGCUGAACAAUUGUCUUUGUAAACUAAAUAAAAAUGGUAAAAUCAGAA